ACGUGAAGUGAGACGAGUUUUUCAACCGGUGUGGGAUGAAAUUGAGCGCUAAUAAAGUGCACUUCUUUACCACUCGGAACAGUUAAAAGUCAUUUAAUUCUUCGUAAUAAUUUUGGAUUUCAGAAAAAUAAUUAACUGACUGGUUUUUUGACUUAUUCCGCUUCUGUAUUGGACACUGAUUUACCACCACUAGCAUAAAGUCUUCUUAAGUGGUUUGGUGUUGUGCCCACCACCACACCAUUUGCAGGAUGAUGGAUCCCAAGUUGACAGCGGAAAUAUUAGCAACCUGCGACUCGAUCGGCUACUCGGACGACGACAAGUACUACAAGGAUCCCUCUUGCCUCGAAUGUGUCAAGGAUUUGGUUCUCUAUCUCCGCCGGGAUGAUGAUGACCACUCCGUCCGCCGCCUCUUGGGUCGAGCACAAGUCGUUCAGCGAGAUUUAUUACCACUUCUCAAGCACCAUUCCGACGAUCUCGAACUUUACGAUGUUAUCCUUCGCCUCCUCGUAAACUUGACGCAUCCCGCGUUGCUCCUGUAUGAUGAAGAAGUCCCCAAAAACAAGACAUAUCUCAGCCACUAUUUGGAAAUCGAGGAAAACCUGCGCUCCUACAAGGGCGCCUUUGUCGAUAAAAAUCUCUGGAAAAGGCUCACCGACCGAUUAAGACAUUUACUCAAUUUGGACUGGGACAAGCAAAUGCAGGAUGAUAAGGCCGCCCUGGAGAGAAUCUUGGUCCUCAUCCGAAACAUGUUGAUGGUGCCGGCCGAUCCGAAAGAAGAGAAAAGAACGGAUGACGAAAAUUCUCUGCAUGACAGAGUCCUGAUGGUCAUGCACUUAUCGGGGAUUGAGGAUCUCCUCCUUUUCGUCGCGUCGUCCGAAACCACGCGAGAAUAUUGUUUGCACGUGCUGGAGAUUAUUUCGCUCAUGUUGAGAGAACAGACGGGGGAACAAGUGGCGAAAACGCAGCUCGUUCGGAAUGAAGAAGAUCGUGUGAAGGAUGAGAGGGAAUUGGUGAGGAUUCGGGAGAAGGAGGCGUAUGUGAGGAAUCUGGAGGUGCAAAAGGCUUCCUCGAGGCAUUCGAGGUUUGGGGGGACGUUUACCGUGCAGGGGAUGAAGGGGCCGAGUGGGAAGGACCUGUUGUGUCAUAAACCGAUAACGUCAACGGCGGAUUUGAGUCUGGAUAAGACGAAGAAGACGAAGCGGACGGCGAGCAAUAGGAUGCCGGUGAGGGGGGAUGAUCCCGUGAGGAGGUCGACGGUGCCGGUGAGGAUUAUAUUGAAGGAGUUUUGUGGGGAGUUUUUGGACGUGGCGUAUAACCCGUUGAUGAGCGUGGUGAAGGAUAACAUUAGUCGGGGGAGGAUGCAGGAUCAUGAUGAGACUUAUUAUUUGUGGGCGAUGAAUUUUUUCAUGGAGUUUAAUCGAUUUGAUAAGUUUAAAGUGAGCUAUGUGAGUGAGACCAUGUCCACCAACGCUUUCCACUACGUCCAAACCCAACUCGACCAGUACCACUCGAUGAUGGUAACAGACAAAGAAAAUAUCCCGUACUGGUCGAAACGAGCCCACAUGGCUCUGAAAGCCUACCAAGAACUAUUAUUUACCCUCCUCUGGAUGGACAAAUAUGGCUCCGAAGCAGUCAAGGAGUCGUCCCGAGUCAUUAAAAGCAACGUUUUCUACAUGCCGGAAUACCGAGAGCUGUGCUUCUCUCUUUUGAACAGUUUCGACCCCGUGAAACUAUCCAAACUCUACCUGAAAGACUUGGUCGAGACGAAUCACUUGUUUCUCAAAAUGUUAGAAGAAUAUGCGACUUCCUCCUCUCGCAAAAUUCUUGUCAAGACGAAAGGACAAAAGCGAAAAAAGAUGAAGCGAUCUGGAAACAAAAAGGGGGCAAAAAAAUCGCGAAAAACAAUUCCCAAGGAUGACGAAGAACUCGACGAGCUUUGGAGCACCGUUUGCCACGACAUUCUUGAAUCUGUUGAAUCCUCCGUUGGUCCCAGUGAUGAGGCCGAGAAUGUGAUUCCUUUUGAUGCCGCGUCCGAUACUCCGAUAGAGGAGCAGAAGGUGACCGCUGUGGAAAGAAUUUCCGUUUUUCUCCAUACCAGAAAGUACAAGGAGGCUUUUGUCUUGUUGAAAGCGUCGCGAGAGGUUUGGCCAGAUUGCAGGGAGGAAUUUGGCGAACAAGGGCUGGAUCCGGUGGAUGAGACGCUCGUUCUGAAGGGCAUUUUCAUGAGGAAAGGAACCCUAUCAGCGGCAAAUGCUGCGUUGCGAGAGUUGGAGGAUCAAGAGGAAUCUAAUCAGGAAGAGGAGGAGGAGGAGGAAAAUGAGGAAGAAAUUGAAGAAGAGCCAGAGGUUCGCCAGUCUUCAAAGGAACAGGAAUUUGAUUUCUUUGGAUUCGCUCUCAAAUACGCUUGUCCAAAAAUAGUCUGCAAUUACGGCCGGCUGUUCAAGGACUUUGAAACCCUGAAAUCUUUCACGCUCCACUGCAUCAUGAAAAUGUUUCAUCGAUUCGUUUUUCAAAUGGAUUAUCCCGCUUUGAUCUGCCAAGCCUCAAUUUUUCGGACGUUUCAAAAAAUCUUGAAAGUUGCAAAGCACCAACCGGAAUUGAAGGAAGCUGUGAAAUUCUUUUACCAUUUGUGGCCCAAGUUUGUCACGCUGUGUCGAAGAAAUAAGACAAUGUUUGUGGAGCUUUUCUUUUGGAAGACGGCACAAGAAGCGCAAGAAAUUCAGGACGGAUAUGGAACCACGUACAAGUCGACGUCGUCCGCACCAAACGGCAAAAGUGACAAGUCCAGUUGGACAAGUGACGAAGAAAACGAACUCGUACUGCUUGGUGAAGAGUAUAACGCGCUGCCGGAUGAGGUUAAGCGUGCAACAAAGAUUGUCGAAUGGAUUAAAGAGAGGUGGACUGGGCGUGAAAAAAGCAAGAAGAUGAUGAUCAGCAAGUUGGUCGAGAAGGAGUUAAUGGAUUCUGCAGCUCAGUCCAGAGUUCGACGAGCCCCGAGGAUUUGGCAGGAUGACGAAUUGGAAAAAUUGGCCGAGUUGUAUCGAGAAUUUAAAGAUUCUAACGACAUCAUGACUCCAAUUGUGGAUGGCAUGCCGCUUAAACGAAGCAAAAAGAGCAUAAUUGACAAGAUGGUGGAAGUAGGAUUAAUCCGCGACAAGUCAGAAGUGAAGAAAAAGAGGGUUCGUGGUGCUAAGAGGAACCAACGAAUUCAAGAUUUGAAUCGAACCAAUGACGAUGAUGAAGGUGCCGAAACAGAAAACUUGGAGGAGAGACGACCAGCCUCGUCAAGAUCUACACGUAGCGACUCGUCUUCUUCUUCCUCUUCUGACUCUGACGAUUCCGAUGCUGCUGCUGGAAGUGAAAGUGAACCUGAAGAAGAACAGCAGCAAAGCAGCAGCCGUAGUAAUAACAACUUUGAUGCAGAGAAAGCCUCCCAACAUGCUCGGGAUCUGUUGGCCGUGGAAGAAAUGCUGCCUCCUCUCCGGUGGGUUCUCCAGUCUCUAAUUCAGUUCAAGGAGGACUUGAUUGAGUUUGGAGAUUCUGAUGACGCCGUUCCUCUCGUUCCGAUUGGGAGUGCUUGUAUUUCGGCCAUUUCCAAAUCAAAUAUGAAAGCCUUUCUCAAAUCCCUGGGGUUUGAUCCACCUGGAAUUCAGGAAGCAUUUUGGCGAAUUCCUGGUUCUUGGGGUCAGUUAUUGGUGCAAUUAAGAAUUGAUCUUCUAACUAAAGUUAUCAACACUGCUGAUAAGAACCCGGGAGAAGUAACGACAAAGAGUACGAAAAAACUGCCCGAAUCUUCUGAACCUGAAGACGACAACGAGGUUCCAGAAAGUCGGGUAGAUUCAGACAUGUUGUCACAAGCUUCAAAUAUUUCUGAUCCUCGAACUCCUACAAAAUCUCAACCAACGACGAGUCAGAGCUCAAAGAAGUCGCCAAACCGGUCCAGAAUUCGUACUUCUUCCAGCUCGUCUUCAUCCUCUUCUUCGUCAUCUUCAUCUUCCUCGUCAUCAUCUACAGGAAUAUCCAGCACGCAGUCUUCUCAAGUGUCUAAACUAUCGACUAAAACCAAUACUUCCGUUUUGACGGGAAAAAAUAACAAGAGUCCAACUCAAACUCCAACACCGACUCCAAAACAACCGAAGAAAAGUAUGAAACGAAUUGUAAUGGAUUCCGAUUCGGACGGCGAUGAACCAAUCAUGACCGCGUACACGUCCGAUAUUGAAAAUUCUCCCGUGAAGCAGACUAAUUCCUCACGAGUUCUGCUGGAUUCUGACGACGAUGACGAAGGACCACCCGCAGUGAAAGCAAAACCAAGAGUGUCAAGAAUUGUGGAUAGUGACGGUGAUGAUUAAAAGUUUUUAUUAAUUUUUACGCAGUUGAAAGUUCACUGAUUGCUACAUACGAAAGAUUCAUUCAAUAAAAUUUGACAAAAUGUUUAUUAAAAAUUA